UAGCAAUACCUGGGCUCCUUCAUCAUGUCCAAGCUCGUGGCGCUGUGGCGGCAGAUCGCGACCCUUACGCGUUUCGGCCUAGCAGCGGGUCGAUCCAUGCAAGACAGCAACUGGGUGUUCGGCGAAAGGCUGCGUCAGUCAGUAAACAUCAAGCUGCAGGCAGCGGAGCACUGCAUCACAGACCGGCAGGUCAACAAAGACGAUACUAAUCACUAACAUCCACAGCAACAGCAACAGCAGCAUCCCCAUUGCCAUUGCCAUCGCGGCUUCCUUAAUCCGAGCCGAGCUCCUUGGUGCCUUCCCUCUACAUGCUCUCCGCGCAGCCACUCUGUCCCGCGGAACACUAUCACCAUGGACGCUUUUUCGUCUCCCUUCCGUUUGAUGCCGUCUUUGACGCCUCGUCGAGCUCCAUCGCCCACCAUGUCGCCUGGAGGCCGCAGAGGACGAGCAUACGGCGGCUCGGAAGAGAGCCGCCUUCGCGACCUAUCACCAGACACCACACUCCGCGCCUUCACCCAGAAACCGAUGCCAUUCGACACGUCACAAGACGAGUACAAAAUUCUCUCAUGCAUCGACGCACUUACUGCAGCGGAGAGAGACCUGGGUAUGCGCGUGGCCAAGGCUGCACAGCGCCUGAAGAGCUGGUGCACUGAGAUCGAGCAGUGGGGCUGGUCGGGCAGCUUUGAGCAGCCCAGUGUAGACGUUCGAGAACAGCGGAGAAGGAGUUUGGAGCUCCGCAUAAGAGAACAUGUCCCCAGUGCCGACGUUACCAAGUCCUUGCGACCACUGGAAUACUGGGGCUCGCUGCUGUCGAACGAAGUGGAACAGCACGAUUGCCGGUUGGAUGAUAUCGAAGAGGAGAUGCUGAAGCUGGAUGUCGAAGAGCUGAAGGAGCAUGUGCUGGACAUGCACCCGGCAGGCAAGUCGAGACGGACGUCUGCCAGCUUCGAAGCGGCCCAGCAAAACUACAAAAUCAUGGACGACUUCUCUUUCCUCAUCACCCAGACGCUGCUCUCUGCACUACCGCACCACGCCCAGCUCAAAGAUCGCUUGCUCACGUGGACCGCACGCGUCUCGAUCCUCCGCGAAGCCCCGAAAUAUCUUAGUGAGCUUGAGAUGGCGCAAAAGGCCAUGCGAUUGGGUUGGGACGCAAUCGAGCAGCCCGCCGAUACUUCAGACUUGGCCUUUGCGCAGUGGAAGGAGGCCGUGGACACCAUCUCAGGCGUACUCCAAGACAAAGUUAGCGAUCUAGGUAGGCGACUAGAUACAAUGCUAGAUACGCUAGAAGGACGCGAGGACUGUCUGCCUGAGAACUGGAUAGACAUCUUCGAGGGUAUAGAAGCGGAUUAUGGACGCUGGGUGCACGAGUCGAGGAGAAGGGUCAUUGAUCUCGAAGUGCGAAGAAAGGAGGACAAGAGUCCUGACGUCCGGGGCGAGCAUGUUACCGGACAGCUGGAACCACAUUCCGAAGAUUACGCUACCCCACGUCAACAGCAGCCGUCUAUCACAAGCAUCAUCUCAGACCCGGUCGCGAACAUCAAAGGAGUAGAUACUAAGAUAGAACCUACGCGAGCAGCUGUUACAGAUGGACUAACUGGCACGGAUUACGUCCCAGGGCCGAAGGAGAGCGAUUUCAUUGUUGCCACUCCGCGGUCUGACGCUGCCUCCAAGACCGACGUUCUAGAUGUUUCAAGCAGCCUUUCGGGCUCCGGGGACGACGUGUCUUCAAACGAAACAACUCCAGAGCAUGGCGUCAAAGACAACAUAAAGUAUCCGCAGCAUAAGCUCGUCGGGCCAAGGAACGCUGAACUACUGUCGGCCCUAAGCUCCGCUCCAGUGGAAGCAUCUGCCAUACCCUUCGAUCCACCAGCAUUAAAAGACCCAGAACAGGGAGCGAAAUCAGUGGAUACAUCCAAAGAUAUCCUGGAUAUACCAAGCUAUGAACACGUCAUUACUACCCAGACCAAGCCAUUACCGGCCGCUACCCCUACAAUGGAAGCUCCCGCAAGAUUUGUCGAGGGUACACGUCCGGUAGAGGGUGUGUUUGUACAAAAUUCUGAAACUGUAGAAGAAGAUUCUGCUUUUGACGUCGAGUCAGAGUUUGACGAGGGCGAUACCAUCGUCCACCACGAGCUAGACGGCAGUCCAGAAGAGAUCGUCUCCGUCCAGCCAGCAUCCGAGAAGAUCUUAGAUGAUGAUGAUAUGACCGAGAAUGGCUCCACUGGCAUUACACAAGCUGGUCCAAGGCCGCUUGCGCCUGCUGAAUACUCGGUCGUUAUCACCUCUGACGAACCCACUGACGAACAAGAUAGCGCAAGCCUGGAACCACCCCAGACACCACGCUCACGAAGAGGUAGUGUGGGCUCACUGUCGUCUGAGAUGUCUUUUGGAUCCAGCUCGCCUGGCUUUAUCGAUGAUUCGCCCUCAGUGCGGAAUGCAACCAACCGUGCGUUGAGAGCCCCUCGUCCCGAACUGAACGCCGCAAUGUCGAAACGUCGACCCGCAAAGGCGACGGUUGAUGAGGGCGCGGUGAACCCUCCAUGGCCCCCGACACGCUUCGCCCAAAAGCCUACCAACAGCGCCGAAGAUCUCGAGCGCAAGAUUUCAGAUAUUCUGACGACUAUCCCGGCUCACAUCCGCCUCACCUCAGGUCCUGGCGCGGACGCUCCCGAAGUCAAGUCAGCGCGGAGUCUUACGACCAAAAGUAGUAGGGGAUAUCUUCGUGCUACCCACUCAGUUAAUGGCAUGAAAUCGCCCGAACUAACCCUAUCGCCUGCGAAAAGUGAGUACGAUUCGCCGAAUGCUGUCUCAGGUCGCCGGUCUGCGACAGCUUUAAGAGGUGACAAUGACAUCAAAUUGUAUCAUCUUACGCAGCCGGGCAAGGAGCAUCCUAUCAAGCUGUUCAUACGGCGCGUGGGCGAGAAUGGCGAGCGCGUCAUGGUUCGAGUUGGUGGUGGCUGGGCCGAUCUGGGCGAGUAUCUGCGACAGUAUGCUGAGCACCACGGGCGGCGGACGGUGAGCGACGGCAAAUUCGAGAUUCUGGGUCUCGAGGUCAAGAAUUCCGGGGAUUCGCCUGCCAGACCCGAUAGUUCGAUGAGUAAAAAGGACAGACGCUUCAGCGGUGGCCAUCAUACAGGAAGCCCGAGUACAACACCGGUCAAGUCGGCAGGGGUAGGCAUUUCGAAAGAGGAAGUUUCGCCAAUGCCGAGUUUCACGUCCACACCAGUCAUCGCCGAGGAAGUUUCUCUACCCUCGACAAACUCGUCGCAGCGCUCCUGGCAGGGUAACGAAGUCGGACUCGCUGGACCCAAAUCAAAGAAGCUUGAGCUUAGUGGCGAGAAACUGGAUUGGAUCGAGGGAAUGAUGAAACAAGCACGAACAGUAUCCAGCAAUGUGAUGACGACGAACCAUCUGCCGCUUCAGCGCGAGGAUAGAGUAGAGAGCAGGAGUGAGAGCCGCUCAGACAGCCGGACAGGCAGCAGAGCAGGUGGGAAGAAACCGGACUUUGGCGACCUAGGCAAGAUCGGUGGCACAAAGCGGAUCUUCAUGAGGGGUGGCCGGCCUUCAUUGAGCGAACAAUAAGUCAACAUUGACAGCCAUACUUGUGGCAUUUCGUAUGUAAGAUUCAUGGAGGAAGGACUGCAUUCGCAGUGUAUAGUAGUUUCAUUUUUGUAUUUUCUUCUUUGUACGGACUUCUGGAAAUAGACGGUAUCUUCUAAGCAUUUCUUAGCGGAGUAACAUACCCCAGGGCUCUUCCAUGUAUAGGAAUGGAGCUGGAGCUAUGGAGUAGGAGACGCUCCAGGUCAGGUUGUCAGUAAUAAUAAAAUGGCGCAAACUCGAGUGCUGUAGUUUAAAGUGUCUUGGAGCCUGCGGCAACUCGGACGGGUUGUAUAGCAUUCAAUAAAGUUGAAUUUCUAGCUGCGAUGGAGUUCAUUCGUGCCCAAUCAUUCAUGGCCCAG